AUGGACAGGGUUAUCGGGUCGAUCGGAGGAUUUUCGAGGUUGGAGGCGUGUUUGCGCCUGCCGAGUCGGUGCACGGGUCUGCACUGCGCAGUGCUGCGCACAGCCAGUCACCUCCCUCCUUUCCUUGUUGACCGGCAAGGAAGCUCGACGACAGCGAGGAUGGCUUCGACGAGCUCGACAAGCCUGCGGACUUGGCUCUUUCGACAACAUCAAGCAUUCGCUCAGGACUUUGCGAGUGGUAGUUUGAAAAACUGGAUCGUCUGCGUGGGUAAUGAGGCUGGCGAUCUUGACACACUGGCAUCGUCUAUUGGAUUCUCCUUUUUCGCCACGUUGGCUAGUAGCCAAUCAAAGGGCAGCAAUCCGGUUCGCAAAUACGUACCCGUCCAACAAACCAAAUCAACCGACUUCAAGCUGAGAGCGGAAAACAUUGAGGUGCUCAAGCUGGCCAACUUGAUGGACAAUGAGCAGCCUGAUGAGCCGAUGGCGGAGUUGAUCUGUUCGAAUCGCAUCGAUUUCAGCAAGCUGACUCCGUACGGCGCCCAAUAUGCCUUGCUCGAUCACAACCGGGUCAACGCUUCGAUCUUUGGCGAGUCGGCCGAGGUUGUCGCAGUUAUUGACCAUCAUCAGCCUGAGGCGGACGACCAACUCUAUCGGUCUGCCGAUCCUCGUCUCAUUCAAGUCCCCACGGGCAGCUGCGCCUCGCUGGUCACCCAACAUUUCUCGUCAGCUCUCACUGCGUCGGAUUCGAUCCCUCCUGAGAUGGCCGAUCUACUGCUCAGUGCAAUCGCUAUCGAUACCGGAAACUUCAAGUCGAUCGCUGAGGAUGGGAAAGCCACGGAAUCAGAUAUGACGGCCAAACAAUGGCUCAAGCCUCGCUCCCGCUUUGCGAAGACUCUAGCCACUGAAAACUCAUCGAAUCUGUCGGGCUCUGGUAGUACCGGAUUCAAAGAUUUCUAUAAACAGCUCUCGAAGAUCCAAAAAGAUGUCUCGACUCUCAGCUCGACUCAGCUCCUCCAACGUGAUUACAAGCAGUCGGAAGUGAACGGCUGGGCGCUUGGGAUCAGCUCGGUUCCUCUUGCUCUCGAAGUCUGGAUCGAGGAGAAGUGCGGGGGGGAGUGGAGCGGGUUCUUGGACGGAUUGAAGGAGCAUGUCGAGAGCAAGAAGCUCGAUUUAGGAAGCGUCUUGACGAGUGCAUUCAAGCCGAAGCAAUCCCCUGAUCGAGCCGACUCGUCCAUUGGACCAGGCCGAAGACUAGUCUUGCUAGUCACGGGGGAACGCAGGGGCCAGAUAUCGGGUCUGAUCGACCAAGAGUUGGACAACCUGAUGGCCGAUCAAUCCCUCCAACUGUCCCCGUUGUCUACCACUAAUAAGCCUCUCUUGAAGCUCGAGGCGUGGACUUCUCUACACAAUUCCUCUGUUUACACUUUCAUCGUCGCAAACCCAUCGGCUACUCGCAAACAGCUCACUCCCGUCCUGCUCAAAUUGGUCGAAAAGCUGGGCCGCAAAUCGUAA